CACCCCUUGACACUUUCUCCAGGAUGCGUUUUCUAUCCUAUGGAUAUCGGUUAGGAGAGGCCAGAUGAAGGGGAUCUGAGGCUGCUGGGGUGCUGCCUCAGGUCCAUGCCUGCCUUCCCUCAGGACUGCUGGAGUGUUUUUGGGAUUGUCCUGGUGUUGUGGGCCAUGGGCUGCAUCCAGAGCAUUAGCUGCAAAUCCAAAGGCAUCCGGGAGAGCAUCUCUGUCGUCGAAGUCAAAGCCACGAUCGAUCCCGUCCCCACCAACAUCGACGAGUCGUCCAGUGUGGUGCUGAGGUACCGGACGCCUCACUUCCGGGCCUUCGCUCAGGUGCUAAUGCCCCCCAUCCUCAAGAAGGAGACCUGGAUCGUGGGCUGGAUCCAGGCGUGUAGCCACAUGGAGUUCUACAAUUACUACGGGGAGCACGGAAUGUCCAGCUGGGAAUUACCGGAUCUCCUAGAAGGCAAGAUCCAAGCGAUUAGCGACUCUGACGGUGUAAACUACCCGUGGUACGGGAACACCACGGAAACCUGCACCAUUAUCGGCCCCACGAAGAAGGAAGCCAAGUUCAACGUCAGCAUGAAUGACAAUUUCUACCCCAGCGUUACGUGGGCCGUGCCGGUGAGCGAGAGCAAUGUGGCCAAGCUCACCCACAUUCACCGGGAUCAGAGCUUUACCACUUGGCUGGUGGCCACCAACAUCACCACCAAUGAGAUGGUCACCUUGCAGACCAUCAAGUGGCGCAUGAAACUGGGCAUCGAAGUGACCCCCUGCAAACCUCUGGGGCAGCGUGCCAAGCUGCAGGAGCCCUCGGCUCAAGAGCAGCCGCAGAUUCUCAACAAGAACGAGCCAAUACCAGCGAGUGCCCUUGUGAAGCCCAAUGCCAACGAUGCCCAGGUACUUAUGUGGAGGCCCACGGAUGGGCCCCCUCUAGUGGUGAUACCUCCAAAGUAUCGAUAAUGAGAACUUCAAGUGUCCCCAUGGCACGGAAUUGGGGGGAGGGGACAUAGGAGGAGAGAGAGAGAGAGAAAAAACCACUUCGCAUUUAAGAAAAACGUAUAUUUAAGCAAAAACAAGAGAUGCACUUUUUAUUCAUUUGACAAAGAGAAAAAUAAAAUGCAACCAUUCUACCUUUUCCCAUCGGAACGGAUCUCACUGUGCAACGGAAGCUCAAAGGAAAGACUCCCCUCCGAUUGUAACUCUGUGGGGAGGGGGGGUGGGGGCUGGUGUCAUCCGACCCGGUUGAAUAUCGAAGGGUGGGAACACACAGCGCACUUAUUCCCAGCUCUGUAAAAGUUUCUUUUUCUUCCUUC